AUGGCGGCCGGCGACCGUUGGUAUUUAGUACCCCAACCAACCGACUUCACAUUGGUGCUCGAUCGAAUCUACAGAAGAGGCAUCAAAUACUCGAGCUCGAACCUGUUGCGCCUCACCUUUGAUGGAUACUUCCGCAUCUUAUGCCUCUGGGAUGGCGAGGAACGCUUCAUUCGAGAAGAACCUGCCGAAAGUCAAAGUUUCAGAACCUGGCGCAAGAACAACCCCAAUUGGGUCGAAGAGUUCCGCAUGCGAGCUUGCAAAGCUGGCUACUGGAAUCCAAUUAGGAAUGAUCUCCGACAUACCAUAUUCUACGACGGACAGUACUUCAAGCCUGUCAAUGGAAAUGAGGCCGCAGAGGCGUUUUCACGUAAUCCCCAGCCUGACCACGCCAAACUGCAUGCCACGCCCUCUUUGGAGUGGCCUUUGUGUCAGACUCCGUGGGUGCCACCCCUGGGACGCGAUGUCCUCGUCAGCACCAUCAACCCGCAUCUUAAUGACCCACCCCCUGAUUUUGACCAGAAGGUUUAG